ACAAAAAAUAUAUCUGAUACGUUACGCAUCAAGUAACAUGUGUACUUAUUAAUACCUCGCAAUACAUCCUAAGCAAAAAUAGUUAGUACGUAAAAUAGUUUGCAAAUUUCAACAGUUGUUCACCGUGGAAAAAUUCGUAAACCGCGCUAUGGCUAUAGUGAUCCAAUGCGUUGGUAAAUUAUAGAUUAACGGUUGGCUGCACUGAUUCGCAUACUAACGGACCGAUUGAACUGAACGUUUGAAUGCUACUGGCUUUGUGAUACUUAUUCUCAAGUGAUAGUUUUUAUACGAUUAUCCGCCAAAAAAGAUUUAUUCCUGCUUGUGAAAAGAAAGUGUACUUACGUAUCGUAAUUGACGAAACGUAUUUAAACAACAUGUUAUUGUUUCCGGAAUUAAUGUGGAGUUUAUAUCGCUUAAUUUGAUGCAUGAUGUAUAUAUAAGAUAAAUUACUAUAACUUGCAGCUUUGUUUUAGGGACUGCUCGUUUACUGAGAAUGUCUAAACGUGAAAAUAAAUUAUUUUAUAAUGUAGAAGGAAAAGUACAAGAGAAGAAAAAGUAUACAAAACUUGACGAUAUACAAAUGGCUUGCGAUAAUAAAAUGGAAGAAUUUGUAAGGGAGUCUCAAAACUUUUGUUUAAGAUUAUCGCAAGACUCCCUUACAUCCGAUACAAACAACGAGAAGGACGUGAUAGUGAUAAGUGACUCCAGUUCUACAUGUUCCAGUCCUAGACGUUCACCUGAAUUUAAAUUAAACAGACGCUUUAUUAAAAACAAACAAGUCUGCAUUGUGGAUUCUUCUGAUUCUUCGGAUGCUCAAGAGGAAAGACCGUUUCAAGCAUGGCAUAAGAAUAAAGAAACUUUUCUAGAUUGGAAUAAUAGAAAUGUGAAUAAAAAUAGUGCAUUAUUUACAUCCGACGAUACUUCAUCCAACAGUAGCGAACAAAGCAAAAGAUAUAUUCCAUGUUCCGUUACAUCUGACAAUAAUUCUUUCUGUUUUACCCCAGAAAACAAUAUCGAUAUUAUAUCAAAAACAAAUACUCAGUUUCAUAGUUGUACAACAAAUCAACAAAAUUUGUUAUCAAACUCUACUGGUGGUACUAGCAAAUAUAAAAGUUUUAAAACUAUUAACCUAGCUGGUAAAGUCUUGCACGAUACUAACAAGAAAAAUAACGACUUUGAGAAGAAGCUUACACCCAAAAAUACUCUAGACAUUAUGAAAAAUAUUAAGUCAACAAGAGUAGUGUACAAAUCAAGAAAGAGAGAGAAUAACACUGUAAUUGACGAAAGUAUAGACAAUGGUAUACAUCCAGCUAUUUCACCUAAAGAUAAUUUAGAAACAAUGAAUACGAUUAUUGACGAGAGUAUAGCAAACUCUGAGAGUGAUAUUAUUCAAGGAUCUCAGAUAAAUUCAACAAAUUUUUAUAGAAAUCACGUUAGUAGAUUUUUAGAUACACCAUAUAUAAAUACACAUAAAGACAGGGGAACAAUGUACACCGAAUUAUCGGAAAGAAAAAAGAAACAAAUUUCAAAAUGGCUCAUGACAAAUUCAUCCGAUUCAAAAAGUGAUAAUUCUUUUGAUAUUGUUCCUGCCACUAAUAAAGAUGAUAUAAGUUCUGGAAAUAGCAGUUUAGAAAGACUAGAAAUGAAUUAUGAAACUCCAAAUAAUAGAGGGAAAAUAUAUUCUACGAUUGCGAGUGAAAAAAUAAUAAAUCAAGAUUGUAAUAAAAUAGUUACACCUACGGUACAACGACAAAUUACAUUGUACGAGUGUACACCACGUUCGAAAAUUAAUGUACCUCGAAAAAUUGUAUCGAAAGAUAAUUGCGCUGAUAAUAUGUCUUCAAAUUCUACGAUACAUACACCACAAAGUGUAAAUGUUAUGGAGUGUGCAGAUAUAUUAGAUAAGUUAUAUGGUAAAUCUUGGCGAGAAAAAGCAGAUGUAUUGUUUCCAAAAUCUGAACCACGGAAGCAAAUAAUAACAACAAGGAACAGAGCUGUUCAAACUGAGAGAAGAAGGACAAACAAAGGAAAAAUCUAUGCAAUGGAUUCGGACAAUGACAAUAGCGAUACGUCCUUGAAAGAUUUACGAGUACAAAAAAGUUCAACGAAGAAGACCGCACGAAAAAAUACUAAGCAACGAGAUAGCUUUAUUAAUGAUGAAACGUCAUCGGAAAGUGGAAACGAAAGUUUGUAUUAUACUGCAUUAACAAAUCCAAGAGUAUCAACAGCUAGUGUUAAACUCAAACGAACAGUUCCAUCGAUUGUACAAAGAGCUAUCGCGAUAUGCGAUACCGAUACUGAGAACGAAGAUGACAAUAGUACCGGUAAUGAUAUUCGUGAUGUAAGAAGAAAAAAAUUAUUAUUUAACGACGAUGAAAGUGAAAAUUCGAGUACUAGCGAAUUCGAUCCUGGCGAUCAAGUAUCACCGAAACCCACAGCUAGGAAAGAUCCUAUUAAAAUUCCUCGACAAAUAUCUAAGACAAAUAAUGCAGUUAAACCAUCCGACAACCAAAAAUAUGAGAAACAUAAUACCUUUCUGGCAUCUUUAUCUGAAAAUGUUCCCCUUACUAAUGCACAUCCAGAUGCCAAAAAAUACAGGAUAAAUUAUAAGAAUAAUAAAGAAAAUCUGUCCAAUCAUUUAUAUAAACUAUACAAUGAAAAAAUAUUCGAUAAAAGAUUACCAGAAAAUAUGUUAAUCGAGUGGAACGUCCGUAUGAGAGGAAGCGCAGGUUUUUGUUAUAAUAAGAAAUCUGCGAAAAAACUCGGAGGUAUCGUAAAAUCUUCAAGAAUAGUCUUGGCAACAAAGGUUUUGGAUACUCCAGACAGACUUCGGGACACUUUAAUUCAUGAAAUGUGUCAUGCAGCAGCUUGGUUGAUAAAUGAUGUUUCAGAUGGUCAUGGUCCAUUUUGGACAGGAUGGGCCAAUAAAGCUAUGAAGACAUUUCCCGAAUUACCACCGAUACGGAGAUGUCACGACUAUAAAAUUAAUACAAAGUUCACGUACAGAUGUAUAAGCUGUGGGUACAGCAUCGGUAGACAUUCUAAAUCUUUGGACACCGAAAGAAAACGAUGUGGCCAUUGUUAUGGAAAAUUUGAAUUAUUAAUAAAUAAAACGACGAAAUCGGGAACUGUACAAGUGCAGACACCCAAAAGAGAAGUUGCUGGAUUUGCACUUUACGUCAAAGAAAAUUAUAACGUUGUGAAGAAAGAACAUAACGUAAGGCAUGCGGAAGUGAUGAAGAUUUUAGGUCAGCAAUUUUCAUCGAUUAAAAUUGCCAAUAAAGAGAGAAAUGUUGAAAAUGAUCCCGAUAUUCUCGGUUAAAUUAACCGAAUUAAGAAUUCGGAUCGAGCAUUCUUUAAAAAUGCUUGUUAUACGUGUAUUUUAUAUUUUUAACAUAAUUGGUUAUUUAGGUAAACAUUUUGCGACUUGUAAAACUGACCAGAGCUUAGCAUUGCAGGCAUGGAAAUGUAAGUUUUAGAAUGAAUUUUUAUUAUUUACAGACAUGAGGUUAUUAUAAGUUUAUUGUAGAAGGGUACAUAACCUUUCUCAGACAGAAUUACAACUUGUAAAGAUCGUAUUAAAGCGAUAUAUAAUAAAUGAUAUGCGUGCGAA